AGGUGACAAAGAUCCUCCUGUGUGCAGCUCAGGCUUCACAUCAGCUCGUCCCACCAGAGGUCAUUGAACCUGUUAUCAUGACCAUCGCCAACAACUUUGUGACAGACAGAAACUCCGGGGAGGUCAUGACUGUGGGUAUCAAUGCCAUCAGGGAAGUGGCCGCCCGGUGUCCUCUGGCCCUCACUGAAGACUUGCUGCAGGACCUGGUUCAGUACAAGAUGCACAAAGACAAGAAUGUGAUGAUGUCUGCCAAGGGACUGAUCCAGCUGUUCAGGAGUCUCAAUCCACACAUGCUGCACAAGAGAGACAGGGUGAGCAAGAU